UGAAUUUGCCUAAAUUUAAAAGUAAAACCCUCUUGAUGUGAAAAGUUGUUCCUAUUUAAUUAAGUUAGAUACUAAUGAAAAUAUUUUGGUAGAAAUUUGUCUCUUACAGCAGGCAGACUCACAGACGGGCUGCAGAGUCAAGAAAAGUUUGUGCGACUGCGGUACCGCCAGCUGCUGCCACCUAUCGAGCAAACCUGAACAUGUGCUUCACAACAAGAACACAGAGGAGAAAAUGACUGCAGAGAUUUUACCGUCUGAAUCGCUGUUAAGUGUGUAUAACUUCUCGGGAAGACUAAAGGAGACUGAUGUUAACUUCCACGUCCUAAAGUUACACGACAGUUUCAUGUUAUGGAUCGGAACAGAACCAGCGAAAAUGGAUGAUUUGUCCAUGGCAAUGCCAACAAGAUUCGAUUCGAUGCCUUUAGGAACUCAAGUCUUGGGAGAGUCCACAGAUCUGACUUCCACAAGUCUGGCUCAAAAACUGGCCAAAAAGACAGGGAAGCAAGUAUUUGUCAGUUUCAACAUGGCAGCUGACAGUGAGCUGGUGUUAAGAGUCGAGGAGAGAGUAAUGGAGGAGAUGAUGAUGAACCCUGACAAGUUUUGAUACCACAUCAGAAAGAGGGAAAACAAGACGCUGUGGGAAUGGAUCAGAACCAGUCACCUUAGGGGUCACUGUGAUCAGGAGAGUUACCAUCAAAAUGGAAGUCUGUGGAUUAAUGUGACUGUAGACAGUGCAGUUCUGAACCAGGACCUAGACUUUUAGUACAGGUACCACUACACUAGGAGCCUGUACAAUGUUAUUUGACAGAGUCCAAGCUCGUGCAACACUAUAUCCUAAAGGUAUGCAGAAGUGGCAAAAUCUUACACCCCAUUCCCAUAGAUUAGAUCAACCUACUUUAGAUCGACCUAACUCCCUGGGGGUUCACGCUA